AAGCAACCUGCCACCCAAACCAACCAACCAACCAUGAACCCAACCAACACCAUCUCCGUGAACAAGCUGGCGGGCACGCGGGUCCUAGUGAUCGGAGGGACCUCCGGGAUCGGAUUCGCGGUGGCGCGCGCAGCGCUCGAGCACGGGGCGAGCGUCUUCCUCGCCAGCUCGCAGGCCAGAAAAGUGGACGAUGCCCUCACGCGCCUGAGAACCCUGUAUCCAGACCCGGGAUCUCAAUCGCGCAUCGCCGGGGGAUGCGCCUGCAACCUCGGCGACCCCGCUACAUCGGAGACCCACGUGCGCAGCCUCCUCGAGCAGGCCACUACCACCACUUCCACCACAGGGAAAACUUUCUUAGACCAUAUCGUGUACACCGCCGGCGACGCCCUGGGGCUCAAGCCCGUGACGGACCCCACGCUGACGGUGGCCGACAUCCACGCCGCGGGGACGGUGCGCGUGCUCGGGGCCCUGAUGGUCGCCAAACAUGCCCGGAGCUACAUGCGCGUGUCGGCCCGCUCGUCGAUUACCUUCACCAGUGGGGUGAAUGGGCACAGGCCGGCGCGCGGGUGGGCGCUCGCGGCGGCGAGUGGAGGCGCGGUGGAGGGGAUGGCGCGCGGGCUGGCGGUGGAUCUGGCGCCCGUCCGUGUCAACACGGUCAGUCCUAGCGCGGUGUUGACGGAGUUGUUUGAUACCUUCGGGGAUGAGGAGGCGAAGCUGGCGGCGGUGGAGCGGUACGCCGAGGAGACGUUGGUGGGGGAGAUUGGGCGGCCGGAGGAGGUGGCGGAGGCGUAUGUUUACCUCAUGAAGGAUCGGUUUGUGACGGGGACGGUCGUGCAUUCCGAGGGGGGGAAGUUGUUGAAGUGAUUUUGUGGGGGUUGUUCAAAUGGGAGGGGCAUCUGUGUAUUCACCUUCGUAUAUUCAAACUAUUCUAACACUCUCUUGUCUUGCCGCAUAUUUAGAUCUGGGCCCGAUGGAGUGGUCAAAUGUAGACCUUGCAGUUUUGUGGAGGCAGGAAGCUGUGGCUGAAGGUGCCUCCCUGUGUAUCUGCUGCGUCAGAGCGAUGAUGAUUUGACGAGACACAUAUUGGGUCUGCAC